AUGGCUUUCUCCUGGCAGGCAGUGCUGGCCUGCAGGAAAUACCUCAUCAUCGUCCUGGUACCCCUGGUGUUUCUCCCUCUGCCCCUGGUUCUGCCCACCAAGGAGGCACUCUGUGGCUAUGUGAUCAUAGUGAUGGCACUUUUCUGGUGCACAGAAGCUCUGCCUUUGGCUGUCACAGCUCUCCUGCCCGUCCUGCUGUUCCCACUAAUGAAUAUCAUGGAUUCAACCACAGUGUGUCAGGAGUACCUGAAGGACACCAACAUGCUCUUUUUGGGGGGCCUGGUGAUGGCCAUUGCCAUCGAGACCUGGAACCUGCACAAGCGAGUGGCUCUGAGGGUCCUGCUGAUCAUGGGUGUCAGGCCAGCCCUGCUCCUGAUGGGUUUCAUGGUGGUGACAGCUUUCCUGUCCAUGUGGAUCAGCAACACAGCCACCACUGCCAUGAUGGUCCCCAUCGCCCAGGCCGUGAUGGAGCAGCUGCACAAGUCAGAAACAGAGUCUGGCACCACUGGCCAGGUGUCUGAACACACCAACAAAGCCUUUGAGCUGCAGGAAAAGUCACCUGACAGCUCCAAAGAGCCUGAGGAAAAAGGUAAUUCUCAUGUCCUGGUGAUUGAGGAAGAGAAAAAGAGAAAAGAAGAGCUUGAGAAGAAGCACUUGAAGCUGUCCAAGGGAAUGUCCCUGUGCAUUUGUUACUCAUCCAGCAUUGGAGGGAUUGCCACUCUGACUGGGACAACCCCAAACCUGGUGCUGCAAGGACAAGUUAAUUACAUCUUCCCAAACAAUGGUGGCAUCAUCAACUUUGCCUCCUGGUUCUCCUUCGCCUUCCCCACCAUGCUGGUGCUGCUGAUUUUGGCCUGGAUUUGGCUGCAGAUCCUGUACCUGGGCUUCAAUUUUAAGAAGAAUUUUGGUUGUGGUGUCAGUCCUGCUGCCAAGGCUAAGGAGAAACAGGCCUAUGAAAUCAUCAAGGAAGAGAGCAAGAAACUGGGCAAAAUGAGCUUUGCAGAAAUACAAGUUUUAAUCCUCUUUGUUCUCCUGGUGGUGUUGUGGUUUACAAGAGAACCUGGGUUCAUCCCAGGCUGGGCAACAGUUCUCUUCAACAAAGAUAACACAAGCUAUGUCACUGAUGCUACAGUCGCCCUCUUCAUCUCAAUAUUGCUCUUCAUCCUCCCUUCUGGCUUCUCCAACCAGGACAGAGACCAAGAGCAAACAGGGGGCAGGGCAAAGUUCCGGGCCCCUCCACCCCUGCUGGACUGGAAGGUGGUGCAGGAGAAGAUGCCCUGGAACAUCGUGUUCCUGCUGGGAGGGGGCUUUGCCCUGGCCAAGGGCAGCGAGGAAUCUGGUCUGUCUGCAUGGCUGGGCACCAAGCUGACCCCUCUGCAGAACAUCCCUCACCCAGCCAUUGCCUUCCUCCUGUGCCUCCUCAUCGCCACCUUCACCGAGUGCACCAGCAACGUGGCCACCACCACCCUCUUCCUCCCCAUCCUGGCUUCUAUGGCUGAAGCAAUUUGCCUCAACCCUCUCUAUGUCAUGCUGCCCUGCACACUCUCUGCAUCUCUGGCCUUCAUGCUCCCCGUGGCAACUCCUCCCAAUGCCAUUGUCUUCUCCUAUGGACAGCUCAAGGUUAUUGAUAUGGCCAAAGCUGGGUUUGUACUCAACAUUCUGGGAGUUCUGACCAUCACCCUGGCCAUCAACACCUGGGCCUCAUCCCUGUUCCAGCUGCAGACCUUCCCCUCGUGGGCCAACAGGACAGGGACCUGCCUGUGA